AUGAAGUUUCUAUGUCUCCCAGGAGGCUAUUGCAGCGCCAAGGCUCUCCAAACACAGCUAGGUCCGUUCGCUGAUGCCCUCGCCUCCAAUGGAAAUGCCAGUUUCCACUACACUCAGGGAGCCACCGAGGUACAUGUUCCCCCAGAUUUCGCCGGGUUUUUCGGUCCACCACCCAACUAUACCUUCAUCAGGGUGGAUGGGCCUGAACGGGUCCACGCGAACAUGAGUGAUUUCCCGAAACGCGACACUCCGGAAGAAGCAAUCAAAGCCGCUGCGAAGGCGGCAGAUGACCCCACAUUCUCGUGUAUCGUCGAGGUUGUCGACAGUCUGGUUGGCAUUCUUGACAGUGAAAACGACAUUGAUGGUGUGAUUGGCUUCUCUGAGGGCGCUCAAGUUGGCGCGUCGCUUAUUCUCGAGGAGCAAAGAAGACAGAGAGAACUUGGUCGGAUGCCUCGAAUUAAAUGCGCGAUUUUUUUUCGGCGGAUGGCCACCGGUGCAUCCCGUGACUGGUCAGCUUCUUACGGCUGA